CGCAAAGGCCACUAGCGACGUCAAGAGAACCAUGGUACUUCAAUGAGUGAAGCCGUGACAAGCACAAUGACCUGUCCAAAACAGACCUUGAGGAUUCUGCUGGUCAUAUGCUGUAUGGUCAGUGAUGGUCAAGCUGUGGACGUUUCCACAACCCUUGGUCCGAUCCGAGGGUUCGCCACGACAAUGGACGACGGGACCGUCCUGAAUACCUUCCUCGGUGUGCCCUUCGCUGCACCCCCGACGGGAAACCUGAGGUUCAGCCCUCCUCAGCCGCACCAGGGUUGGACCGAUGUCUAUGAUGCCACAAGGUUCGGACCGGCUUGUCUGCAGUACUCACUGCCGGGCACCACAACGCCAGUGACACCCUACGACCCUAGUCUUGACGACGUCAAUAUUUCUGAAGACUGCUUGAACUUAAACGUGUAUGGUCCACAGGUGUCCGGCGAUGACCCCUUACUUCCCGUCAUGCUCUACAUUCACGGUGGUGCACACGUGACCGGAGCCAACAAGUUGCAGGACGGGAGUUUACUGGCACAGAAAGGAGUGAUAGUCGUCAUCACCAACUACCGCAUUGGAGCACUAGGUUUUUUCAGCACCGGAGAUUCUAGCGCCCCGGGAAACUACGGGCUGUUGGACCAACUGGAAGCCAUGAAAUGGGUCCGUGCGAACAUCCAGGCAUUUGGUGGCAGCCCCGAUCGGGUGACCAUAUUUGGUGAAAGUUCAGGGGCAGCAAGUUCCUCCCUGCAUCUACUGUCUCCGCUCAGUAGAGACUAUUUUUAUCAGGCCAUCCUACAAAGCGGCGCCUCUACCAGCCCAUGGGCCGUCCUACUGCCGGAGUACGAGCCUCAGACGUACACAGAAGAACUGGCCAGGCAGAUGGGCUGCAGUACGCAGUCAACACAAGAGUUGGUUGACUGCCUAAGAGAGAAGACAGCAGAAGAGAUCUCCAGUGCAGAUGUUGGCAAGCCGCCCCCGAUGUCUGCUGCUGCCUGGGCUCCAGUAGUGGACGGUCCCGGCGGAUUCCUGCCCGCUCGACCGUUGGACUUACUGGACCAGGGACAGUUCACCAAGGUCCGCCUCAUGGCCGGAUGCACCUCGGACGAGCGAUCAACAGACCUGGUAAUCAUUCCGGGAGUCGAGAAUGGAGUAAGUAGAGACCGCUUUAUUGCCGACCUUGCCGACUUUGUGGAACGUUACCCGAGAAACAGGGACUUUAUUUCCGACUCCCUCCUCCAUGGCUACACGGACUAUGACGCCAUCAACGAUCCUAUCACAACCAGAAACAACUACGUACAGUUCCUGUCAGACUACCGGUACCUCGCCGCAGAGGAGGAGGUGUUACUGCGAAUGUCGGCAGGGGGCGUUUCUACCUACAAGUACAGUUUCGGUUAUCAACCCAUCCCGGACUUAUUUCCCACAUGGCAAGGAGUGCCCCAUGCGGCAGAGCUCCGCUUUCUCUUCAACCUGACGACACAGUGGUUUGUGGGCGGCGCGCCCACAGCAGCUGACCUGGACAUGAGGGAGAAGAUGAUCACAAUGUGGACCAACUUCGCCAAGACAGGAGAUCCUACGCCAUCUCCUAUCGACGGAGUCACGUGGCAACCGUUCACCAAUGAGACAAGAGCUUAUCUGAUGAUUGACAGGCCUCUGACGAACGGGCAGUUCCUUCACACCAGACGCAUGGAACUCUGGAACAACGUCAUCCGGAACAUGGCGGAAACGGACACCUGUGAGAGCGGCGCCGUGGCUAGUAACGGAAACACGGCUUCCGCCGCUGUGGCUAUACUUCUCAUGUCGUCUGUUCUGUUAGUAGUAACUUAAGCCGAAGUUCAUUUUUUUUCUGUUGCACUUUGUGAUCAUACACUGAUACAGUUCUCAGUGGCUCAAUCAAAUAAACAUGAAUUGAAAAGCUGAA